AUGUUGUCCACUCAGGUAUCGCUGCUCGAUGAUCAGCGGUACCUUGACGGCCACUUUGUCAACCGUCGCAACCAGAAGCUCUUCUACUGCGCUGCGUUUCCGCCUCCUUCGGUACCUCUUCGUGCUGUCGUGCUCUUUCUACACGGUAUCGGCGAGCACUCGCUACGGUUUGCACACGUCUAUCGCCACUUGUGUCGCACGGGCUAUGGCGUCAUUGCGUACGAUAUGCUGGGACACGGCCAAAGCGCGUGCGAGGUACCGGGUCUUCGGGCCCAUGGAUCCGCGUUCCAUUACUUCGUCGACGACACGAACGACUUUGUAGCGACAGCACAGCAAGUCGUGUAUCGCGAGAUGCUGCCACAAGAGACAGCUGCACCGCCUCCUCUGGUCAUCAUGGGCAUCUCGUUUGGAGCGCUAGUUGCUCUGAAUACAAUUCUGUCCGGCGUCCAUCGGUUUGAUGGCUGCGUUGUUGCAUCGCCAGCCAUUGCCGUCGAGUUGACACCUGCUCUCCGUGUCAUAGAGAUGGUGGCCAUGCCACUCGUGUGGCUGUUGCCAACUGCACGACUCGUGGCGGGCGUCAACUUUCAAGGGCUUACGCGGGACUCGACUUUCCUGACAAAUUACAUGACCGAUCCGUUAAAUGUCACGGACAACUUGACAAUGCUCAUGGCGGUGCAAGUGGCUUCGGGAAUGAAGCAGCUACAAGGCAAUGAGCAAAUCGAGGACCACGAGAGCGCGUUUAGUCGCGUGCCGCUGCUUGUGCUGCAGGGCACGGAAGAUAAGGUCACGAGUGUACAAGUUGUCAAGGACUUUGUCAGUCGAGCUGCUGUCAAGGACAAGGAGCUCAAGUUGUUCCAGGGACUUUUCCAUUGUCUCUGGAACGAACCCGAGAAGCAGCAGGUCAUGGAGUAUGCCAGCAACUGGCUCGACAAGCGGUUUGCUGCACCCUCAGUGGUACCUGAUGCAGAGCCGACGACAUCUCUGACCUCGAAAAUCUAG